AUGCAUCGCCGGGCCAACAGCCGUAGAGGGAUAAUGGCGCGUCAGCAAUUACCUCGGGUUUUCAAGCAAGAACGACCAGACUCCGUCAAACUGGAUUUUGAAGCAAGAGUUCCGAUCCCCUUCAGUGUCUUCCCGUCUGCGUAUCGGAACGCGGAAGUUAAGGACUCUACAAGUGGUCAGGUAGAACAAGAAGCACAUCUUGAAUACCAGGCUUCACACGGACGGGAAGGUCACGAAGAAAUCCACGAAUCCUUCUCCGCUACCACCGUCCAUCGGCCACAUCCUCCUCCUCCCAAAUCGACCACCUCGUCUUCAUCUUCUUCAUCUUCGUCGUCUUCAUCAUCCUCGUCGUCUUCUUCCUCUCGCUCUAAGCGUCGCCACGACACUCAGGUCAAGGAAGAGGUUCACAUCUACGAACAAGAGCGAAUCCGCCGUUCUCAGCCUGCUCAGUCCCAGCACUAUCAAGAGUCUCACCAGCACGUUCACGCUCAGCAGCAGCCUGCUCAGCACCGUGAAGAGGUUCAUAUUCACGAGCACACCCGCUACGCUCAGCCCCAAGCCCAAGUCCCAGCUCAAGCCCAGCCCCAGCAGCAACGCGCUCAGUCGUACGCUCAGUCGCACGCUCAGUCGCACGCUCCGUCGCACGUUCAGUCGCACGUUCAAUCGCACGUUCACUCUCACGCUCAGUCCCACGCCACUCAAUUUCACGCCCAGCCUCACCCUGAGCAAGCUCAGCACGCCCAGCGGACGGACCGUGUAGAGUUUGAACGAUCCCACGACCGCUCUUCCUUGCCCAACCCCAAGCUGACUUUCCUUUCUUCCUUCAGCUACCAAUCCCAACCUCCUCCUUCCUCUUCACACUCAAAAGUCGAGGUCCAGGACACAACCUACGACAGACACUUCAACACUGUUCAAGGCCCUGCCACCACCGUCACUCAAUCUCAACUCGACCUCACUGAGCGUCAGUUCCGUGAACGUACUCGACCCAUCGUCGCCGGUGCCAGCUACUCCAAGGAGACCUACACCACCCAACGCGGUGCCUAUCCCAACAACAGGAAGGUAGACAGUGUUGACUCUCAUCAAACCGAGGUCCGAGUAGAAGAAUCUGCUCGUUCCGCUGCUGCACCCCCCAAGAAGUUCAAGCGUGAUAUGGGAUAUUACGACAACGAGGGCAAGUACCAUUCGUUUCGUCAAGGAAUCUCCAACGCCGCACACAAGGUAGCCGACCGCGUUCAGCACCCCAUCCACCCUCACCGCCACCACCACUCUCACGAGCACUCUUUCGCCGGAGCCAAGUACGACGACCAACGCGAGGAGGUUAUCGUUAAGGAGAAGUUCACCACCGCUGCUCCUUCUGUUGCCCCUGCCCACCCCAUCCACUCCGGAACUCCUGUAGAGCGUGUCGUUCGCGUCCACUCUUCAGUCCCACCCCCAGCCCCCAGGUCCGUCUCUGUCGCACCUGCUCCCGCCUCCAAGUCUAUCGCAACCGCGCCAGUCCCUGCUCGCUCAGUCCGCAAGAUGUCUACCGCAAGCACCAUCACCAUCCCCUGCCACCACAUCCGCAUUGGCGAUCUCCUGAUCCUUCAGGGCCGCCCUUGCCAGGUCAUCCGCAUCACCACCUCCUCCCAGACUGGCCAGCACCGCUACCUCGGUGUUGACCUCUUCACCAAGCAGCUCCAUGAGGAGUCCAGCUUCAUCUCCAACCCUGCCCCCUCUGUCGUUGUCCAGAACAUGCUUGGUCCUGUCUUCAAGCAGUACCGUGUUCUCGACAUCCGCGAGGACGGUCGUGUCGUCGCCAUGACCGAGGGUGGUGAUGUCAAGCAGGGUCUUCCCGUCCUUGACCAGUCUGGUCUCCUUUCCCGCUUGACAGAGGCCUUUGACAACGGCCGUGGCAGCGUCCGCAUCCUCGUCAUCAACGACGAUGGUAUGGAGAUGGCUGUUGACUUCAAGGUUGUCCACGGCUCCAGGCUGUAG